UCUCCCCGCCCUCUCUCCGGGAUGCUCUGACACUUGACUCCGCCCAAUUUCCUACCGGCCCGCCUGUUUCCUCAGCCUAGACUGUGCUUCCCGGUGGUUUUAUUAGUUUCUACCCUCCGCCUCCCUUAAGACUCUCCUCACCAGUUCUCAUCCAUCCCUCGGUUCUCCUGGCGGCAGCCUGCCGUUAUCUAUACCUUGUCCCUUUUCCCUCACCGCGUUACCCCCUUUAAGGCCCUGCUGAUCCUUAGGACUCUCUCCCAGGUUAUUUGGCCUCCAAGACUUCCCGUUAUAGGUUCCACCGCUCCGUCCAUUCCGAUAGCCUUGUACUCUUUGCAGGUCUCACAUUUUCCUUAGCCAUUCUCUACACUCUUAGCCCUGCCCCGCCCCCGCCUACCCUGGUUGCUUUCAAGUCCCUGAAAGCCCCUCUCCUCUCUUAGUCUUGCAUUUCCACAGGCAAUUCAAGGCGUUUUCUACCAUUCGUGGACCCCACCCACCUCUCUCAGUCUCUCCCCAUCCAUCUUGGCAUUCUUCCGGUCCAGCCCCAGUUAAUCGGGCCGAGUUUGCAGCUCCGACCUGGUACUUUCUUCACCUCGCCUCCUCCAUUAGACCUAGUCAGAAGCUUUCAGGUUUCCAGGCCUCGCCCCAUUCCGUCCCCUCUCUACUGGGUCUUAGUCCCUGUUCCCCUUUCUCUUUUCCUUUUCAGUCCAGCCUAGUGCUACUCUUCCAGUUCCCGCCCCUCGCUCAGUCCCGCCCCCUCACCCUCCCAGAAUUAGGACUUUCUAAUUUCUGUGGCCCUGCCUCUUCUUAAGAUUCGCCCUGCCCCGUCCAAGCAAUGUUAGGAUCCCAACCCGGCAGUCUCCAUCUGCCCUACUCCACUAGGUACUGCUUGCCGGCGCUUUAGGCCCGCCUCCAUCCAAUUCGGAAGGCCAUCCGCCUUGUGGCCCAACCCCUGCCUCCGCCAGUCUCGGUCAGGCCCCUUUAAAUAGCAUGGACGAGUCCUAUUUCUCUACCCGCCCCGCUCCUUUUUUUUGUUAAAUCAGAUAUCUUUCUCACAUCUAGCCCCGCCUCCUCUGUUCUCCUAGUGCGGCCAAACCAGGCAACUCUCGCGUCCCAUCCAGCCCCUUUAACACCUCGCUCGGCCCCGCCCCUUAUCUCAGAAAGACCCAAUCGGUGUGUCGCAUGUGCUGCCCCGCCCCAUCCAGCUAGGCAGUGUUGGAGUCUGGGUCCUUUUCCCAGUUUCAGCCCCGCCCCCAUCCCUUCCAAGGCCAAUCCAUUCAGUUCCUCCGUCCCUUCGGCCCCGCCCCUUUCCUCCAUCACCUCCUCUCACCCAGUCACAUCUGUCUCUCCCCGUGGCUCCGCCCCCACAAAGCCCCGCCCCCGCCGCUCCGCCCCCCAUCCAAUGCUGAGCUCAGUCUGCGUCUCAUCCUUCCGCGGGCGCCAGGGGGCUAGCAAACAGCAGCCGGCGCCGCCGCCGCAGCCGUCCGAGUCCCCGCCACCGCUACCCUCGCCGCAACCGCCACUGCCGCUGCAGCAGCAGCAGCAAUCUGCGCAGCCCGGCCCCGCCGCGUCCCCGGCGGGCCCCCCGGCACCCCGCGGGCCCGGGGGCAGGCGCGCCGAGCCAUGCCCCGGGCUGCCGGCGGCGGCCAUGGGGCGGCACGGCGGCGGCGGUGGCGACAGUGGCAAGAUCGUGAUCAACGUGGGCGGCGUGCGCCAUGAGACGUACCGCUCGACGCUGCGCACCCUGCCGGGGACGCGGCUGGCCGGCCUGACGGAGCCCGAGGCGGCGGCGCGUUUCGACUACGACCCGGGCGCCGAUGAGUUCUUCUUUGACCGGCAUCCGGGUGUCUUCGCCUACGUGCUCAACUACUACCGUACGGGCAAGCUGCACUGCCCGGCCGACGUGUGCGGGCCGCUCUUCGAGGAGGAGCUCGGCUUUUGGGGCAUCGACGAGACCGACGUGGAGGCCUGCUGCUGGAUGACCUACCGGCAGCACCGGGACGCCGAGGAAGCGCUCGACUCCUUCGAGGCACCCGACCCUUCGGGCGCCGCCAACGCUGCCAACGCCGCGGGCGCCCACGACGCGGGUCUGGACGACGAGGCGGGCGCGGGCGGCGGCGGCCUGGACGGCGCCGGCGGCGAGCUCAAGCGCCUCUGCUUCCAGGACGCGGGCGGCGGCGCCGGGGGCCCGCCAGGGGGCGCGGGCGGCGCGGGCGGCACGUGGUGGCGCCGCUGGCAGCCCCGGGUGUGGGCGCUGUUCGAGGACCCCUACUCGUCGCGGGCCGCCAGGUAUGUGGCCUUCGCCUCCCUUUUCUUCAUCCUCAUCUCCAUCACCACCUUCUGCCUGGAGACCCACGAGGGCUUCAUCCACAUCAGUAACAAGACAGUGACGCAAGCCUCCCCGAUCCCUGGGGCUCCGCCGGAGAAUGUCACCAAUGUGGAGGUGGAGACGGAGCCCUUCCUGACCUAUGUGGAGGGCGUGUGCGUGGUCUGGUUCACCUUUGAGUUUCUUAUGCGCAUCACCUUCUGCCCAGACAAGGUGGAAUUUCUCAAGAGCAGCCUCAACAUCAUUGACUGUGUGGCCAUCCUGCCCUUCUAUCUGGAGGUGGGGCUCUCAGGCCUCAGCUCCAAGGCCGCCAAAGAUGUGCUGGGCUUCCUGCGGGUCGUCCGCUUCGUCCGGAUCCUGCGGAUCUUCAAGCUCACGCGGCACUUCGUGGGGCUGCGCGUGCUUGGCCACACGCUCCGCGCCAGCACCAACGAGUUCCUGCUGCUCAUCAUUUUCCUGGCCCUGGGUGUGCUCAUUUUCGCCACCAUGAUCUACUACGCCGAGCGCAUUGGCGCCGACCCCAAUGACAUCCUGGGCUCCAACCACACCUACUUCAAGAAUAUCCCCAUCGGCUUCUGGUGGGCCGUGGUCACCAUGACAACCCUGGGCUACGGAGACAUGUACCCCAAGACGUGGUCGGGGAUGCUGGUCGGGGCGCUGUGUGCCCUGGCCGGGGUGCUCACCAUCGCCAUGCCAGUGCCCGUCAUUGUGAACAACUUUGGCAUGUACUAUUCGCUGGCCAUGGCCAAGCAGAAGCUGCCCAAGAAGAAGAACAAGCACAUUCCCCGGCCCCCGCAGCCUGGCUCGCCCAACUAUUGCAAGCCCGACCCGCCCCCACCACCCCCCCUCCCUCCUCACCAUGGCAGCGGCGGCAUCAGCCCCCCACCCCCCAUCACCCCGCCCUCCAUGGGGGUGACUGUGGCCGGGGCUUACCCGCCGGGCCCCCACACGCACCCCGGGCUGCUCAGGGGGGGAGCGGGGGGGCUCGGAAUCAUGGGGCUGCCUCCUCUGCCGGCCCCUGGGGAGCCCUGCCCGUUGGCUCAGGAGGAAGUGGUUGAGAUCAACCGGGCAGAUCCCCGCCCCAAUGGGGACCCUGCAGCUGCUGCGCUUGCACAUGAGGACUGCCCAGCCAUUGACCAACCCGCCAUGUCCCCGGAAGACAAGAGUCCCAUCACUCCUGGGAGCCGGGGCCGCUACGGCCGGGACCGAGCCUGCUUCCUCCUCACCGACUACGCCCCAUCCCCUGAUGGCUCCAUCCGGAAAGCCACCGGUGCUCCCCCACUGCCCCCCCCAGACUGGCGUAAGCCAGGCCCCCCAAGCUUCUUGCCCGACCUCAACGCCAACGCUGCGGCCUGGAUAUCCCCCUAGUGGACGAACCCCCUCCCCCCGGGGUAAGUAGCCCCCACCCCUGUGAACCCCUUCCCUCCUGACUAACCCAUCUGAGAACAUGCAGCCCCCACUGACCGAGACUCCCACCCCCUCACUGUGAACAGCUCCAUCCAAUUAACUCCCAGCCCCGACACUGACCCCACACCCAUCUACCCAGGACUUGCCCUGCCUCUCACUAACCGCUAGAACUCACCCCACCCCUCCCCACCUCAAUGGCCUCACGACUGACCUCCAUCCUCACCCCCAUCCACAUCUCUCCCCCUGCCUCCCCCUACCCCCGCUUGGUUUUGCUUUUGUUUGUUUAAUCAAGAAAAGGAGGGCACACACCCAGGACGUUCUUCUGAGUACAGGAUGAGGUGAGAAAGACUCAGCCACUUAUGCAGUCACCUGUGGCUUGGCCAGCACUUACCAAGCACCCGCAUACAUGCUCCUGGUGCUAAGCAGGGGGAAUCAAUGGGGAGCAUAUCAACCCCGCCCCCUAUCCCCAGUUUGGUGGGAGAGGCAGAUGCAGACCCAGACCUGAGGCAGGAGAGCAGGCUGAGCUGAGGAGCCCUGUCCUGGGAUCUGGGAAGGAGCAGGUCGGACAUGAGUGUGAGCAAGCUCUGGGAGUUGGUGAUGGAAAGGGAGGCCUGGCGUGCUGCAGUCCGUGGGGUCACAAAGAGUCGGACACGACUGAGCGACCGAACUGAACUGAGGUCCACUCUGGGACUUCACGAGGAGGCACUAGAGUGGGGAGACUGCAGGUCGGGAGGCCGAGGUGGAGGCUGGGAUGAGGGUCCUGGGGGAGAGGACAAAGCCUGAGCCAGGGUCAGAGCUACAGGGAUGGGGAAGAAGAGAGGCAGAGGAACAGGGCCAGGACUGGACAGUGGGGAGGUCAGAGAGAGAGUGAGGGGACAGUAGGUGAAUUAUUCCGCAAACGUAACCACGCACUUUCCAUAUGCCAUGUAUUCUGUAAUCCUCACAACAACCCCAGCUAACCCCUAACUUCAUUCAUUCAUUCAGCAACUAAUGAUUGAGGGUGGAGUUCCAGGCACUGGAGAUUUGGCAGGGCACAAAGCACACAUCUCCCAUCACAGAGCUGAUACUCUAGAGCCCUGUGGCAACAUACUAUAGCCAAGGGCCAAACCUGUCCACCAGUUGCUUUGUAAAUAAAGCUUUAUUGGAACACGGCCACUGUGUACUACAGCAGAGUGAAAUAGUUUCAACAGAGAUAGUAGGCCCACAGAGCCCUGGAAAUAUCGACCAUCUGGCCCUUUACAGGGAAAGUUCUCCACCCCAUGAGUGGGGGAAACAGGAAACAAGAUAAUUACUCUAACGAGGUCAGAUAAAGGUUGAAGGUCUUUCUGAGAAGGCGACCUAAAACUUGAAGCUCAAAAAGGACCAGCGAGCAGAAGAAAGAGCAAGCUCAAAGGCCCUGAGGUGCUGAGGUGGGAUGCCCCUGGUUUGUUAAAGGAAUAGCAAGGAGGAGAGUGUGGUUGGAGUUGAAUGGCCAAGAGGAGAGGGGAGGAGCCUGGGGGGAAGUGUUUUUGGCCAUGGUGAGGCUGGAUUUGAUCUUAAAAGUGUUGAGAAGCCACCUGAAGGCACCUGGUCCAUCACUUAUUCAUUCAACAAACACCUAUGGAGUCUUCCUUCCAAAUGCAGAGAUACAGCUUAAAGAAUCCCUAGCCGCAGCCUAAGGAGAUGGCAGAGCAGGACUCGGAGCCUCCAAGGAGAACCGCAUCCAAAGCCCCUUGUUUCACAGAAGCUCAGAGAGGGCCAUAGUCAACCCCCAGCCACAGAGCAGAUGCAGGACAGGAAGCAGGCUUCCAGGCUCCUAGUCCAGAGAGGACUGUCGGCUCUUCUUGUUCCAUUCCUGGACCUCUCCUAUUGCAACCCUCCCCCCACUCCCCCAUCAUCCUCCACUGUCAUCUCAUUACCAACCCCCACCUCCCUGUUCCCAUCUCGGCCCACCCCCCGCUUGCACCCAGCCCUGUUGCCUACUCCCUUUGUUCCCCCACCCCCAGGUCUGGAUGGCCCCUAUGAAACUGAGGGGUGGGGCAGGAGGACUUGGGAAUGUGGGUAAGGGAGGAGUGGAGGGACCGGUGGGGGUUGGGGGGGAGGUCUCUGCUUCUUUUGCCUCUGAUGCCAAAAUCCAUUCAUUGAACUCAAAUAAUGGCUGGAGCUGAUGGGGCUGGCUGAACUCCCUCCCCCAAGGUCCUGGAUCCCUACCCCUUCCACACACCUGUCUUCCUCUUUUAACUUCUCCCUCACCCUCCACUGUUCCCUAGCCCUCCUUCUUUCAAGGCCCUUCCUCAUGACCUGCUCCCCACCCACCCCAUCAGCCCCCUUCUCUGUCUUCCCUCAGGUGCUGCUGGGUCCAGCACCUG